UCUGUGUUUCCGUAACAGAGUCCUGUCGCUCACACCGGACUCAGAGAUUGAAAAUCAACUGGUUGUCGCCUCUGUGGUGAAUUAGUAUGCGGCCGGAGUCUCCUCGCUGCCGCCACCGCUGACAUCCACCCUGAGGACUGCGCGGCAGCCCUGAAGUCUCCGCCGUGCCUGCUGAGUGACUCCUCGCCCCGGGGAGGACGAGGAGGAGGCGGUGGCAGCAAAAGCGGGCAGACCGGAGUGUGGAGCAGUCUUCUCGGACAUAACACGGACCUCCUCGCCUUGUGGACCAGGAAGAUGAUGGGCUUUUUACGCCGGACGUUCAGUCGCCGCUCCCGGAGCCGCUUCCACACCAGGGAGAGGGACGAGCGGGACGGUAAAGGGGGAGGAGGAGGAGGAGGAGGGGGGUUGACAGGGAACCCCCUGCUGUUGGCCCACCAGCAGCAGGUCGUCCACGCGCCCGCCGUGGUCACGGGCGGAGCACCGGUUCACAUACCGGCGGGCGGAACGGCGAGGACCACCAUCACCUGCCGCGUCUUGCUGCUGGACGGCUCGGAUGUCAAUGUGGAUUUGCCUAGCAAAUCCAAAGGUCAGGACCUGUUUGACCAGAUCAUGUACCACAUAGAUUUGAUAGAGACAGACUAUUUUGGAUUGCAGUACAUGGACACAGACCAAGUCUCGCACUGGCUGGAUAUGUCCAAGCUCAUAAAGAAACAGAUUCGAGAUGGACCUCCUUACCGACUCUUCUUCAGAGUGAAGUUUUACUCUUCAGAGCCAAACAACCUGCGUGAGGAGUUCACAAGGUAUCUGUUUGUGUUGCAGCUUCGACAAGACGUCCUGUCUGGCAAGUGAGUUUCUUUGUCAUGUAGUCAUUCAGUUUCU